AUGUCCAUCGAUUCUUCUUCUCCCGUCACCUUCAAGUACCUCGCCUUGCCCCAUGGACUGGGUGGACGUGGUGGAGUUCAGCGCUUCUUCUUGUUGGCUAACAACAUUCCCUUUGAAGAAAACUUGGUGGAAAUGUCCGAAUGGGGAGCCACCGAAAAGGCGCGUGUGGUCUCUUCCAAUGAAAAUCCAUGUGGCUCGGCACCAAUCUUGUACACCAAAGACAAGGAUGGCAAGGAUGCCCACUUGAUUCAACACAUUGCUGCCUCUCGAUUCUUGGCGCAUAUCCAUGGCGUCACCAAGGACAAUACUGCAUAUGAAGAAUAUGUUCAAGAUUUGGUGGCCGAUGAGUAUCAGAGCUUCCGCGAUGCCUGGGUUCACACGGCAUUUUCAGGCACUGAUGAAGAAAAGGCCAAGUACAAGAGUGAAGAUGCCCCCAAGUUUUUGACCAUGUUCAAUGCCUUGUAUGCCAAGUACAAGACUCAUGAUACUUAUUUGAGUGUCAGCAAGUCCAACAACAACACACCACUUUGGGCCGAUGCUGCUUUGUAUGGAUUGUUGCGUGACAAUAUCAUUACUGGAUUGAUUGCUGCCGAUGAUUUGGAAAAAUCCUACCCUGAGUUGUGGAAAAUGUACUUGGCAUUUGGAGAGAUCCCCGCUGUCAAGGCUUGGGUGGACAGCAAGAAAGCCUAG